AAGACGGGGCAUGAGUACACGGCGCCAGAGCUACUCGAACAAGGUAUUGACCCGAAUUCCGAAGACUCCAGUGGUCGCACACCUUUAUUGAUAGCUGCUAAGUUCAACUAUGCAGAGGAUGUUCGUCUCCUCCUUCAAAACGGAGCCAAGGUAGAUUCGAGGGAUCCCGAGUGGGGCCUGACGCCG